CCCCUUCACCUUGACCUCCAUCGACAGACCACUCUGUUGCUGGCCGAUCUCAACUGUUCUUCUGCCUCUUCCUCUUCCUCCUCCUCCUUGUCACUAACCCCUAAAGUUCUAUUUGAGUAUUCACAAGGACAUCAGAUAGCUCCAUCUGAGCUACUCGACUCUCUCAGUCUUCUGCUAGCUCUGGAAGGUGUCUCUUCCUCCAUCCUAUAUCGAUUAGAACCUAUCAUCUCGGACCUCUUUGCACGAUGGCUCGAUGUUCCAAAUAACAGCGACGAAGAAUGGGAGAUACGAUUAUCUAUCCUUGCCGAUAUCUCACAAAUCAAACCCGAACUCGUACAUAUCAUUCGACGAUUCCUCCCUCCAUCCUCAUCCCCAUUGUCGAAAUUCUUUCCACCUUAUCACACAACCCGAACUCCUAGACUAUGUCGUGUCCUGCUCACAUACUGGAGACUUUUGGCGAUUGACCCGAGUCUCGGAACAUGGUGGGAUUCUGCUCCACUGCAUGAGCUGAGGAUGAAACAUCCUGACAAAGGUAUCCGGCUGCUGGCUAUACACUGUCUAUCUAGACAAGAAGGGUGGUCAGAGGAGAAACGAAAACGUAUGGAGAGAAGAUGGGUAGGGGAGGUGGACCAGGAUGUAGAGAUCAUUUAUGAUGCUGAAAUUGCUCCUUGUGAGAAAGGUGUAUUUGAGGUCAAAUGGAGAAUAGUAGAUGGAUGGUUGUUACCAUUAUUGGAGAGUCAACGUUUGGAAGAUUAUCGUCGACGACGGUCAAAUGUAGCCUUUGACUAUCUUCCAUUACCUGUUCUCGAACCCCGGUAUCUCUCUCCUCACACCGUCGUCGUUGCCAGCACAUUCUUCCUUCGCAAUACCUCCACUCUCAAUGCUUCCCUACCUCCCCCAGUCCCCCAUGUUACAACUCCGUCCUCUGAAGCUUGCAAAACCCAUCUCGUACAAUAUCUCUCCUCCCAGCUCCAUCCAACCAUCUAUCCGACUAAUCGUAUUCUCACUAUUCCGUUGGCGGACACCUCCAUCGACGUCAAAUCUCUGAUCGGUACUUACAUCUCAUCACGCACUCGGCCAGGAACAUUUGAGUGGAUGCAGGGUGCUCUGACCAAGGCUCUCCAAGCGGGUUCAUGGGUCGUCUUCGACGAUAUCGACAAAGCAAGUACCGAGAUGCUCGUCACCAUCUCCACACUAGCAAGAACCCUUCAGCACCGUGGACCGGGACAAAGAGCUUAUCUGGAUAUCCCAGGGAGAGGGAAGAUCCAAGCAGGACAUGGGUUUGCUAUGUUUGCCACUCGGACUCUGCGACAGGGAGCGUAUACCCCUCCGACAUUUCUAGGCAAACAUAAUUAUCUGGAAGUCAUCCUCGAGUCGCCUGACGAGGAUGAGAUUCUAGAGAUCCUCAAUACCAGCUUUCCGAGGAUACCCACAAGUCUGGCGACAACGCUUGUGAAAGCUUGGAACGGUCUUCGCCAUUUGGCAGGCGGAUCAAAGACCAAGUCGCGAGAAAUAGGUCUGAGAGAUUUGGAGAAAUGGUGUGCCCGAGUUUCCCGGAGUCUACCUUCUUCUGGUCUUGUAUUGGAGAAUCCGCUUGGCAAUCCUGCUCUGCAACAGGCGAUUACAAUGGAAGCGAUCGAUACGUUCGUCGCCGCUCUUGACACGAAACCUCUGUCUCUCGAUAGACGCCAGGAAAUGACGUCUGUCAUCGCUACCGUCCUGGGGCUGGAUGUCGAGACUGCGGCUACUUUGAUCUCGUCUCGAUAUCCGACACUUGAAGUUGCGUCAUCAUCUCGGUCACUAUUCCUCGGUCGAGCAUCACUUCCCAUCACACAUACCACCUCGAGUCGUCGACAAAUCCAGUCCUCGCGACCUUUUGCACUGACCAGGCCUUCUCUCGUCCUCCUCGAACGCAUAGCUUGUGCCGUCAACAUGGCGGAGCCCAUCCUACUUGUCGGUGAAACGGGUACGGGGAAGACCACUGCUGUGCAAUACAUUGCUACAACUUGCAAUCGUCUCCUGACAGUCUUGAACUUGUCCAUGCAGACUGAAAGCUCGGAUCUUCUUGGAGGUUUCAAGCCUGUCGAUGCGACUGCUGCGGCACGGAGUAUACAUGUUCAAUGGCAAACACUCUUCUGUGACACUUUCAGCGCUGGAAAAUCGGAGAACGCCAAAUACCUCGAGUUAGUCUCUAAAGCCCUGAGCGGGAGGAAAUGGGAACGGUGUGUUGGUCUCUGGAAAAACUCGACGGAGCGAGCGAUAGCUAAGCUUUGUAAAAGGAACGAUGUUUCAUUAUUAGAAAGUGGGGGAAUGACGAAGAAGCGCAAGAUGAAUGGUGUCGUGGCAGCUGAGGAACUUCUCAAACGUUGGGAGAGCUGUAAGAUGGUGACCGAAGAGUUUGAGCUACAGCAUGUCAAGAUGCAAAGCAAAUUAGUGUUUACUUUCCUCGAAGGACCACUUGUCAAGGCAUUGCAGAAUGGGGAAUGGCUCUUAUUGGAUGAGAUUAACCUCGCCUCUCAGGAAACUCUCGAAGCUAUCGCUACCAUAUUAGAAGGAACAUACUCUUCGCUCGUGUUGACCGAGAGAGGCGACGUCGAACCUGUUCCACGCCAUCCCGACUUUCGUCUGUUCGCAUGUAUGAACCCAGCCACAGAUGUCGGCAAAAAAGACCUUCCUCCGAAUCUCCGUUCUCGCUUUACAGAAUUCUAUGUUCCACCCCCGGAUGAUGACCGAGACGCUUUGACUGCCAUCGUCUCGCAAUACAUUUCCGACGUUGCUGCAGGCGACCAAAGUGUCAUUUUGGACAUUGUCGAAUUGUACACCGAGUUGAAACGUCUUUCCGAUACUCGAGAAAUUGUCGAUGGUUCCAACGUACCCCCUCAUUUCAGUAUGAGGACCCUCACCCGAGCUCUUUCUUUUGCCGUUGAGACCGCCCCAGUGUUUGGAUUACGUCGAGGAUUAUGGGAGGGAUCUCUGAUGUCAUUCACCAUGUCUUUGGAUUACGACAGUUCUCAACGCGCUUGUAAAGUGUGCGAACAAUAUAUUCUCAUUCCUAUGAAAAACGCUCGAGCUGUCUUAUCCCAAAUCCCUUCCCUUCCUCAUUCUGCAGAUUCCGACGACUUCGUUCGAUUCGGCCCAUAUUGGCUCAAACGCGGUCCUGAAGUUCCUAGCGAUGAAUCAAGAUAUAUCAUCACCCCAUCGGUCCAGUCGAAACUUGCCGAUUUAGCCAGGGUCAUCAUGACACACAAAUACCCUGUUUUGAUACAAGGUCCGACAUCGAGUGGUAAAACCUCUGCUGUAGAAUAUUUAGCUCGUCAGACUGGUCACAUAUUCGUGCGUAUCAACAAUCACGAACAUACAGAUAUCCAAGAAUACCUAGGAACGUAUGUCACAGAUCCCAGGACAGGAUCUUUGUCAUUCCAAGAAGGACUUCUGGUCACUGCUGUACGACAAGGACAUUGGUUGGUUUUGGAUGAACUUAACUUGGCACCUACCGAUGUCCUCGAAGCUCUAAAUCGAUUGUUAGAUGAUAAUCGUGAACUUGUAAUACCAGAAACUCAAGAGGUCGUCAAACCCCAUCCAAAUUUCAUCUUAUUCGCUACACAGAAUCCGCCUGGUCUUUAUGCAGGUCGUAAGGUUCUUUCGAGAGCAUUCAGAAAUCGAUUUUUGGAAGUUCAUUUCGAUGAUGUGCCCAAAGAAGAACUUGAAAUUAUCCUUUGUCAAAGAUGUCAAAUAGCCCCUUCUUACGCUAAGAAGAUUGUUCAAGUCUUCGAAGAAUUGCGACAUCGUCGACAAGCCAGUAGAGUCUUCGAAUCGAAAUCUUCUUUCGCAACUCUUCGAGAUUUGUUCCGUUGGGCAGAAAGGGGUGCGGUGGGAUAUCAACAAUUGGCCGAAGAUGGAUAUAUGCUUUUGGCUGAAAGAGCAAGGCAAGAUGAGGAUAAAGCAGUAAUCAAGCAAGUCAUUGAAGAUAUCAUGAAAGUCACCAUUGAUGAACAUCGCUUAUAUCGUUUAUUCGAUCAACCAACAGAGAGCAUACUCUCUCGUCUUCCCUUCACUUCAGUACCAAAUUCAUCCUUGGUGUGGACCAAAGCCAUGCAACGCCUUUUCGGAUUGAUAGCUUUCGCUCUAGCUCACAACGAGCCGGUUUUGCUUGUUGGGGAAACGGGAAGUGGGAAAACUUCUGUAUGUGAUAUCAUCGCUCAAGCGUUUGGUCAACAGAUGAUAGGGGUGAAUUGUCAUCAAAAUAUGGAGACUGCCGAUUUGCUAGGGAGUCAACGUCCAGUUCGAAAUAGGAUUGAGCGUAAAGCUAAACUCGUUCAUACCCUUUCUCAGUGGAUACCGUUACCACUUGACGCUGGCGAAGAUGAGAUUCUCUCGGCAUGCGAUCAACUUUCAAAGCGACCAGAUGUCCCUCAAGAUAUCCUUACAUCAUGUCAAGUAGAGCUCAAACAGUUGUUGGCGUUAUUCGAAUGGUCUGACGGUCCUUUAGUCCAUGCUAUGCGCUCGGGAGAUCUUUUACUACUGGAUGAAGUCUCUCUCGCUGAUGACUCCGUACUUGAAAGACUCAACUCGGUUUUAGAACCUGGAAGAACACUCGUAUUGGCUGAAAGAGGAGGGACCGAUAUCGAUGCUGCAACUCUUGUUGCACACCCAGGGUUCCACGUGGUGGCAACAAUGAAUCCCGGUGGAGAUUUCGGAAAGAAAGAAUUAUCACCAGCUUUGCGAAAUAGGUUUACCGAGAUAUGGGUUCCGGCAUUGAACGAUAGUCAAGAUUUACUUCAGAUCAUCAAUGCUUCUUGGAAAUACAACGAGUUGCGUAUAUGGAGCGAACCGGUGUUGGACUUCUUCGAAUGGUUCAAGGUACGUCUUGGAGAUGGGGGCUUGGGAUUGAGAGAUAUAUUGGCUUGGGUUGGGUUCAUGAAUGAGGUUCAUGGGAAGGGCUUGAUGGAUCCCCCAACAGCGUAUAUGCACGGUGGUCAGAUGGUUUUCGUAGAUGGAUUGGAGAGUCUCCCUCAAGUCUCUGGAUUUACUUCUUUGGCAAUUUCGACGCUUCGUCAAGAAUGUCUGAAUCAACUCUGUAUAUACCUUCCACGUCACGAUGAGGAGGUAUCACCGAAAGAAGCACCGACACUUGAGACGACCGAUCUGGAAGUCAAACUAGGUGGAUUUGGAAUUCCCCGCGGAUUGAUCCCAACCGAAACAUCUCACUUCAAGUUUGAAGCCCCCACUACGGCUCUCAAUGCCAUGCGAGUUCUUCGAGGAUGUCAACUACCAAAAGCUAUCUUACUCGAAGGCUCACCAGGGGUCGGGAAAACGUCCCUCGUCUCUGCUCUAGCCUCUAUUUCAAGUCAUAAACUCCAUCGUAUCAAUCUUUCUGAUCAAACGGACUUGAUCGACCUCUUUGGUUCCGACUUACCGGUCGAAGGUGGUUCCGCCGGUGAAUUCCAAUGGCGUGAUGCGGCAUUUCUCGAUGCUUUACAGAAAGGUGAUUGGGUCUUAUUGGACGAAAUGAAUCUAGCUUCACAAACCGUUCUUGAAGGUCUUAACGCUGUACUCGAUCAUAGAGGUACAGUCUAUAUACCUGAACUUGGAAGAUCGUUCGUACGUCAUAAGGAUUUCAGAGUCUUCGCCGCUCAAAAUCCACUUCAGCAAGGAGGAGGAAGAAAAGGAUUACCAAAAUCUUUUUUGAAUAGAUUCACGAAAGUUUAUCUGCAAGAACAUACCUCAGAAGACUUGUUACUUAUUUGUCAAGAUCUUCAUCCUUCCCUAUCUACAGAAAUGGUUCAACGUAUGAUAACCUUCAAUGAGAUUAUUCGAGAGAAAACAAUGGUUUCUAAGACUAUUGGAAGGUUUGGCAGUCCUUGGGAAUUCAACCUUCGUGAUUUAUUCAGAUGGUUUAAUCUUCUUUCCCAAUCAAACGGGUUGGAAGUAUCCAAUCAUCCGAUGGAAUUUCUCCCAUUGGUCUAUCUCCAACGAUUCCGUUCUGAAUCCGACAGAAAAGCCGUCAGUGAGAUAUUUGAAGAUACCUUCAAUUUGAAACUCGAUUUCAUCCGACCUACCCCCAUGAUAACAUCUACGUAUUUCCAAUUAGGUCAUUCGAUCAUACGUCGUUCCACCUGCACUAAAAUGGAAGGGUCAAUCAAGUAUGGUCACUUGGAGAUGGCUGAAUCGGUAUUGAAAUGCGUGGAGAUGGGUUGGUUGGUGAUUCUUUCUGGUGAAGCUGCAAGUGGGAAACGAAGCUUGUUACGGUAUCUCGCCAGUGGUGCAGGAAGGGAAUUGGGGGAGUUCGCCAUGCAUCCUGGGGUGGAUACUAGUGAAUUAUUGGGAAGUUUCGAACAACAAGAUUCUGAAAGAGCUCUAUAUAUAGCCCGACGUGAAUUGGAUGCAGUGCGACGUCAAGUAGACUCUUUUGGGUUCGACCAAGUUUUGGAUGAUAUAAGGUCGAAAGUCAAAACAAUCGCCUCUCAUGUUGACCUCACCUCUUUAUAUUCCGCAUUCGAUGUACUUAAGACAGCGGCCAGUCAGAAAACCGGCUUCGCUUGGAUAGAUGGACCCCUCCUCACAGCCAUCCGAUCAGGAGGUUGGUUCCUUAUUUCUUCCGCCAACUUAUGUUCGCCAUCGGUAUUGGACAGACUGAACAGCUUAUGCGAGACAAAUGGUGUUUUGGUCUUGUCGGAGAAAGGCUCAUCGACUGGAACUCCGGAGACUGUCAAACCACACCCGGAUUUCAGGUUGUUCAUGACGUAUGACCCUACCCAUGGGGAGUUAUCAAGAGCAAUGAGGAAUAGAGGUGUGGAAUUGUUCGUCGAGAGAGUGGACGAAGACAUGGUUCGGACAACAGGAGCCUGUUCUGAGGGAGAUUCGUUCGACUUGGCGUUGGAGGAUGAUACAAUACUGAGACGAUUGAAGAUAUAUGACGAUACGGGAGAAACGACAUCCGCUAAAAUCGCGAAUGUUGUGGUAUCGCAAACGUGGUCAGCGAAAUCGUUCAUACCUCGUUUUGGGAAGAUUCAUACACAACCCGCAAAGGAAUUGUACGACAUCGCCUCGACAUUCCUCGCUCUAAGCGCUCAGCCAGACCUGCAACUACAUGAUGACGAUCCUUCUCAAGGGUUGAUUGAGAUUAUGCCAAUUGACCCGUCUCUUAACCCGAACUUGCUAAAAGUCAAACUCGGCACUUUCAACGAGCUGCUUCUGUAUCUUCGUAAUGAGAGUCGUCAUCGACAACUCCUUACUUGGAUCCAAGAUCCUAUCAAUUCUCAAAGCAUCAUCUCUAUUUCCGCACAUAAUCAACAAAGAUCUCGAAACAAACCCAAUGCCGCGAAUGCUUUAUGGUCAUUGAUUAAUUCUUUCCGGUCCAACUUGGCAGAAAUCCUCACUGCACCACCUUCAACUAUAAUGUCGGAACUGGAACGACUUCACGUGUUCGUUUAUUUAUUGGAGAAAUAUGGUCAGAUCAAUACUUUUGAUUAUUCUGCCACGCAGAUUUUGGCGCGUUGGAUGAGAGAAAUUAUUUCACAAGUUCCAGUCUUGUCCACGCAAUCCGAUAAUCUGGAUGAAUUAGCAAAGGCUGUUGAAAUUACCACUGGUUUAGGACAAAAUGUCAUUUGGUCGCUCUAUCGUGACAGUGAAAAUAGAGAUAUCGAGCCGGAAUUGAUGAAGAUCAUCGAGAGAGUCGAGGAUCCCACUGAUAAAUCAGGUAUACGAAGAAAUAUCGUGGACUUACUUGUUACUGAUAGAGAAGGAACACAUGAAGAGCUUACUCAUUUAUUGGAAUCUCUACCUCAAGUGAUAGAAGAGAGUGAGACGAAAUGGAACAAUCGCGCGGUUCUACAUAUCAUAGAACUUGCCAAUCUUCAAUUCCCACAACAAAUGGAAAUACUUUUGACAAUGGACAAGGACGUACCGAUGGAUGUCCUACUCGAUCUUAGACGAUUAAACAUAUCAGGAUAUAGAGUGGAACCGGCGGUCGCGAUAAGGGCUGUAACUUCUUGGCUUGGGAGAGUAUGGAAGGAUGGUGGAGGUCAGGGAGGACCGACGGAUCUCUUUAUGCCAUCUUUCCUGGGGUUCUGCAGGAAGGAAACAUCCCUCCCUUUAUCCGAUCUACUGCGAGAACAACAAUCUUUGAACUUCACGAUUCAAGCUGUUCUAUGGCACAACAAGCAGGCCGAUCCCUUCACACGACGACGUCAAGCGAUAAACAUGGCUCUUGGACUUCUACAUAUUACCUGUCUUGCCUUUGAACCCUCAGUAGUUUCGACCCACCUUCCCUCGCAAAUCAUCGACGUUCUUCACCAUCUUCCCUCUACUUCCAUCCUACAUGAUUCCCUCCAACAGCAUCUGCCCUUCCUGGGCAGUCUCACCCACAUGACCAAUCUGUCGCUCGACGUGAUCGGUACCCUUUAUCUCAUCCUCGGUCAGAUCACCCUGCACCUUUACGUCCCGAACGUUCCUAUCGAUCCCGCGGUCGAGCGUGUGAUGCAGGAAGAAGUCCUACUCGUCCAUCUCGACCUUGUCGAGGAAGAACUAGAGGCUGUUCAAGCUGCCGAAGUAGCCAUAAGAGGUAUCAGUGAUUCUCUCCGCGUUCGUAGGAUUCAAGAGAAGAUAGAGAAUCUUCGUGCAGAUUUACAAAACCUCGGACCGACCAUUGCAAGACAAAGUAACGCACUGAGAAUUUCUCAACUGUUCACAGAGGUUUAUUCAUUCCUCGCGGACUCAUUGAACUCUCGCGUGCUACAAGAUCUGGUGGAUGCACUCCAACACGGAGACACUCAUGCUUUGCAGCGAGAGAACGCUUUCCAAUUAUCGGCAGAAGCGGUCAUACGCCGUCUACAAGUCAAUUAUUACGACAUGGCUGAUCUUACAGCUCCACUCAUUUCAGCUUUGCUCUUGAUUCAAUUCGGCUUACGAUGUCAUGCUCGAGAACAUGAAUUUAAAAUGGCUAAUCCUUCCCCUCUGCUUCCACUUGUCAUACAAUUCCCUACCAUUUCUGGGGCACGAGAGGUAGUCGAUAACAGUGUGACCUUGUAUAAUGAUAGCAGUCUGCGAGGAAACUUGCUUGUCGCUUCGGCCCAGGCAUCGGAGUUUGCGAGUAGUGGAAGACAUCGAAAUCGUUUGGCCGUAUUGGUAUCUUCGCUCAAUGAUAUCUAUCACACUUGGAGCGACGUUCGACUUCGGGAACAAGAGGAAGCUCAAGUUUCCGAGAGUCUGUAUAGGGUUAAGAAGACAGAGAUUGAUGUUCUGCCCGAUGACGAACAGGAGGAAGAAGAGUUCGCUCGACUUUUCCCAUCGUAUGCGGAGGACGACGAGGACACGAGACAUUCACAAACGGUGACUGAGACUACGAAGGAGAAGAAGGAUAUAUCUGGUAAAUUUUUACCUGACGAUGUGGUAAUUUUCCACCAACUCGUCAUCAGUGUCACUUCCCCAUCGGCAUCUAUACCCUUCGAGCUUUUCUUGUCUGGACGCGAUCAACUUCUCACCGAUUCUUUCGACCCCGCGACCCUUAACGAAACUCUCGAUUUUCAAAGCUCAAUCCUGCAGCUCUCUCAGCUCCAUAGUCGGGUUCAGGAAGCAUCGUCUCAUGCGAUCGGAAACUUCUAUUUGUCUCCAAACGAGCCUACAUCUGUCAUCGCCGAAUGGCCUGAACAGAUGGUCCCACAACAUAUCCGCGACAGAUGUCUACUCUUCUUACAACUCGACAUCCGUAGUCCUGUCGCUCAGGUUCUCGCCGCUUUGGAACAACUAUUGACCCAUACGGACGACUGGGAGGCAUACGCCAAUAGAGAAAACUCCCUGCAGGUGUUCCGUGACAAAGCUACGGCACUCAUCAUCGAAUGGCGUCGACUCGAACUUGCUUCUUGGAUGCGACUCCUAGAAGAUCAAGCUGAAGAGUAUAUUCGAAGUGAUGCUGAAUGGUCACUUCGAUUGUUUGGCGCCCUAGUACAUGGAGUCAUCUCGACGGACAAUCUAGACAAACAUGUGGAAUCACUUCUUCCCAUGCUAGGGACUUAUCUUUCUUCCAGCACACUGGGACAUUUCGAGAGUCGCCUUAUUGCUCUGAAAGCGUUCGAAGAACUCACCGACGGUUUGGGGAUUUCCGAUGAUCGCUUGAAAAGAGUGUCAAUUUUACUGCACAAUGUGAUUGCGGAAGCUUCGUUAUAUUCCCCUCGAGUGAAGGAAUCUCUUCAACAACAACGUUCUGUUCUCGAUAAGUCGAUCAGGGAUUUUGUCAAAUUGGCGAGUUGGAAAGAUGUAAACGUCUAUGCGCUACGCGCCAGCGCUCAGAGAACACAUAGACAACUACACCGUGCUAUUCGUAAAUUCCGGGAUAUCCUUCGACAACCCGUAUCACCCCUUUUGGCCGACUCGACCCCGUUCACUUCUCAGGAACAACCUGUUUCACUUUCUUUCCCAGCGUCUACAGACUUGCAGCCGUCCGCCACUAUCUCCUCGGAAGUUAUCAUAGCUCGGAUGAAGAGUGAGGUCGUUAUCCCUGAUACUCUUCGUCAGAUCCAGAUCACUUUUGAUCGAUAUUCCGCUAUACACCAUUCCUUCAUUUUGGCUCAAAGUUCCAAUACGGCCACUGAAGUCGACUCCUUUGCCGUGGAAAUCAUCGAGACUGCAGCCAUGUUGGCUAAAGCGACUCCUUCGACUUUGACGAAAGAAAACGCUAAACUUGUCAAGAAUCUCGCAAGUAGGAAACGUAAAGCUUUCUCUGACCUCCUAUCUGCACUUAGAGAAUCGGGAUUCUCCAAUAAUGUCCGAGCUGAUCAACUCAAGAAACAGCAGGAUAGGAUCUGGUUGAUGGAGAGACCAUCUUUGCUUGAAGUUGGAGAUGUGGAAAGGAUCAGAAAGGUUGAAUCUUAUCAUCAUCGACAAGCGGUGUUGAUGUCUACUCUAAGAGCGGCGUUCAAUGGACAUAAUCCUGACAUCGCCUCCCAAGACUUACAAAGAGGUAUUGGAUUUGUGGAAUCUGUGUAUGCCACUGCGUUGACUGAGAGGGACAGUAGACUCGCUCGAUAUCUGUCACAAAUGUCCACAUUAGCCCAGAAAACCGUUCGUUUACGGCAGUGUUCCGAAGCCGCGGAAGUCACCGGUGGUCGCGAAGUAUUACAGCAGAUGAACAAGACUCUCAACGUUUUAUGUGGAGUUCGGGAUGGUCUACACGAAGCAAUGGAUAUGAUUCGCAAGAUCCGAGACUUACAGCAUCGACCGGUCACUGGGGGUGAUACAUCGUUGGUCAGUAAAUUGCUGACCGCCACCGAAGAAUGUGUCGCGGCCAUGUCUAUGAUUGUGAAUGUGGUGGAGGGAACGGGCUGUUUGCUCUUCACGACUGAUGAAGUCAAUCAACUGCAAACAGCGCAAACUUUACUACUCGAACGUAUCCCCGAGCUAUUACAAGAAGCAGAACGCAAGCCCGAAUUCCAUCAUUUAUUCACGCCGCUCGUCAGCAUGGCCAGGGUCGAUCGGUGGACACCGACUCAGUUCCAGCCCACGAAAGCUCUGUCGACGGAGAUAUGGCAAGCCAAUGACCAGUUGAUACAAAGACUUCUGGUCGUGGCGCAGCGACUCGACACUGCCACUUCUCCAGCACUCGAUGAUGAUACUCGGGUCAAGAUCACCGACGACUUGUUCUCUCAGCGCAAGUCCAUCGAUAGUCUACAUGUCACACAAAUCUUCGAAUCGAUUGACUCCGUCUUGUCCAACUUGACCGACGAGAUGGCAAUGGAUUCAUCUCGAAUCACCCCUCACUUCCUCGGUCGCUUGUUACCUUUCCUCGAGGUGUUCUCGCAGAGCCUUACGAAAUGUGUCACUACCCAUCUGCACACCGUUCAAGCGACUUAUAAACUGAGCUACGUCAUCGCACGUAUCAUGCUCGAUCUAGCCCAGAAAGGUUUCUGCAAACCUACCGAAGCUGAUGAUUCGGCGGACGGAGCGGAGGGGGAUACAGUGGACGGAACGGGCAUGGGAUCUGGGACCGGGGACAAGAACGUUUCCGCGGAGAUUGAGGAAGAAUCUCAAGUUGAGGGACUUCAGGGGGAAGAGGAAGAUGGAGAACAGGAGAAGAAACAAGGGGAUGAUGAUGCUGUCAGUAUGGAUGAGGAUUUCGAAGGAGCUUUGGAGGACGGUAAAGAGAAAGAAGAAGAAGGUAGUGGGGAGGAAGAAGAGGAGGAGCAUGAUGAGCAUGCUGGUGAUGUUGAUCCGCUUGACCCAGGAGCGGUGGAUGAGAAGUUCUGGGGAGAGGAGAAGGAAGAAGGCGGGAAGGAUAGUGAUGAGAAGAUGAAUGAACAGACGGACGAUCAGGGUGAAGAAGGUGAGAUGACAGCCAAGGAGAAGGAUACGAAACAGGGAAAGGAUGAAAAGAAGAAGGGAAUAGAAGAACAAGAUAACAAGUAUGACGAUACCCAGCAUGAAGAAGAACAAGAAGGAGACGACAUGCAUGAUGAGGAUCACGAUAUGGAAGCAGAGGAGGAAAGUGAAGGACAACAGCAGGAAACUUCUCAGGAUCAGGUGGAUGUUGAUCAAGGACAGAACCUUAAGCUUCCGGACGAUCUUGACUUGGGUGAAGAAGGGGAUGAGAAGACGCCCGAUACUGAAGACGAUCUCCCUCUACCCCCUGAUGCUGAUGAGGAGUCUCAACAUGAUAUGGAAGAGGAGCAGGGACGGAAUGAAGAUAUGGAUGAUGACGAGGAAGCAGGAGAUGAUGCUCCUGAUGCUACUGGAAUCGGAGAGGAAGAUAGGAUGGAACAAGAUGAGAAUCCGAACCAGAAUCUCGAUCUAUCUGCUAGUAAUACCGAAGCUCAGGAGACUGAUCUCGGUCAGGGGCAAAGUGGUGGACAGAGGCAGAAAGAGCAAUUUGAACAAAAUCCAGAAGUCGAUCAGGAGAAAGAGGUAGGAGAGACUGAGAAUGAACAAGUUGAACGAGGAGAUGGUCCAGCCCCACCACAACAAGGCCAAGGUACUUCGACAGUGCAACAAGACGAACCUGAUGGUCCUGUUGAUUCUUCCGGCGCUCCCAUUCCUGCCAACGGUGAUGCAAGACAAGAUCAACGUACUCCUGGAGACAUCCUACAAGACAUCCGACGACGGAGAGAUGAAAUUUUAGCUCAGCGUGAACGUGCUCAAAUGGCAGAUGAACAACCCUCUGCUGCAGAGGAAGCUCCAGGACAGGUUGAGUAUCUAAAGGAGGGUGAUGUAGAUGAAGAGAUGCAAGCUCUCGGACCGGCAGGUGAAGAAGAACGGCGGAAGCUCGAAGAUCUGAAUAUUGUGGAUGAUGAAGUUGAGGGAGAUGGCCAGAUGGGUAUGGAUAAUACAGAAGAGCGAGACGACGCCUUUGGACCUCCACCGACGAAGCAAGCGGACGUCUCUGCAAAGCGGGAACCUCGUGUUGGGGAGGAGGGGAUGGAGAAAGCGCUGACUCAGUCGGAAAUUCAAGGACGAGCCGAGGUGAACCCAGAAUCAGGAGAUACAAUGGAAGUGGACUCUUCCAUAGAAGAUGAUACACCCCAAGUUGCAGAUUGGCAAGGGCCAGAACAAGUCGAAUUAUCGAUUCUCGAUCCGAACGAUACUUCGACGAAAGAGAGUGAUGCCGAUUUAUGGCGACAUUACGCUUCUCUAACUUCAGAUCUCUCGUACGCCCUCUGCGAACAAUUACGUCUCAUCCUAGCUCCCACACUCGCCACUCGACUUCAAGGUGAUUUCCGAACUGGCAAACGUUUGAACAUGCGUAAGAUCAUUCCUUACAUCGCAUCGGAAUAUACAAAAGAUAAAAUCUGGCUUCGUCGUACUCGUCCUUCAAGACGAGAAUAUCAAGUUCUCUUAGCAUUGGACGAUUCACGUUCCAUGUCCGAAUCUCAUUCUGUUGAUCUGGCAUAUCAAACUCUCGCUUUGGUCUGUCAGGCUUUGAACAAACUUGAAGUAGGUCAAGUCUCCGUAGCUCGGUUCGGAGCAGGUGUGGACAUUCUUCAUCCAUUCUCAGAAGGAGCUUUCACCGAUGGGGCAGGAACGACAAUUGUAAAUUCUUUUAAAUUCGAUCAACAAAAAACAGACGUUGCGUUAUUGGUAGAACGUACUCUUGGAUAUUUGGCAGAAUCUAGAACGAAUCAAACUUCUUCAACAGGAAUGGAUUUAUGGCAAUUGGAAAUUAUCAUUUCUGAUGGUAUAUGUCAAGAUCAUCAUCGACUUCGAACUCUUUUACGACGAGCAAUAGAAGAAAGAGUCAUGAUUGUGUUUAUUAUUGUUGAUUCUCUUCAUCGACAAUCGACAUCGGACACGUCAGGAGGAGGAAACACUAGUAUUUUGUCAAUGCAAAGUGUGGAAUAUAAGACGAAUAAAGAAGGUGGGAUGGAAUUGGAUAUGAAGAGAUAUUUGGAUACUUUUCCAUUCGAGUUUUAUGUGGUUUUGAGGGAUGUGGAAGCUUUACCGGGAGUGUUGGCGGAUACUUUGAGACAGUGGAUGACGAGGGUAUCGCAAUCGCAGGAAUAGAGCAUGAUCUAAUCGCAUCGCGCAUCGGAGCGGAUUUAUCCAGCAUUUUUUACAUAUUUUAGAAAUUGUUGUAUUUGUAUGGUCUACUCGUAUGGUGCAUAAUGCAUUGAUGUUAUCGUAUC